CGGGUUUGGGGUUAUGGUGAGCCUGAACACGAUGAAAUACGGGGCUUGCAGGGGUCCAUUCAGUAUAUUCUUGGUACAAUCGAAGAAAAAGGCCCUUUUAGCGGCAUAACUGGAUUUUCCUCUGGUGCCGCUAUGACUGCCAUCAUCACGCCGCUUCUGGAAAAGAAUGAUGGAAUUAGUGGCUUUCCAUUGAAGGUGAACCACCCAAAACUCAGAUUUGCCAUAUGCCUUAGUGGAUUCAAGCUGGAAAAUAUGUGCUAUGAAGCUUUCUACUCGCCAAAGAUCGCGACCCCAACUUUCCACACUAUAGGCCUUUCAGAUGCAACAAUUUCUCCAGAUCAAACAAAAAGGCUUGCACGACAAUGCAAGAGUCCAUGGCUCUAUCAGUAUAAUGGGGGGUGGGUCAACCGAGAGAGGCGCUCCCAGGAAUAUGAGAUCUAUUCAGGCAGCGAUUAUACACAGUAUUGA